UGGGUGAGAUCAUUACCAGACACCAGGCUCCGGGACCUGACAUUCACCGAUCGGAAAAGCAGAGAGAGAGAGAGACACAGCGAGCGCGCGCGAGAGAAAACCCUUGAUCCGAUGCAACCGGCGAGGGAAAGCGACCUAAACCACCGUCUCCGGCCUCGGCUCUCCAGUCGCCCGCUGAAAGCGCGGUCUCGUCGCUGACAUUUUCCCGCUGGAUUUGGGCUUGUAGUCGGAUGCGGGCUUGUUUUGACUGCAGUAAUAGUCCUACUCCCCCCCUCCUCCCCUACCAACCCGAGUAGCGGAUUUGCGAGGGAUCUCAGCGCUGUGCAGCUCCCCGAGUGACCAGCGAUCCUGCACGGCACCGGAGACGCACUCUGCACCGCCGCGGCUCCUCACCACACCAGCCAAUCCGCCACAGCCUCCAAAGAUCGUAUUUCUGUGAGGAAUUGGACACAAGCGCCAAGUUUCCGAUUGGAUUUUUUUUUCCUCCUGUGCGGCUACCUUGCUUCUGUCAUCAGAUCGACUGCAAAUCCUAUUUUCGCUUUUUUCCCCCCUCUCCAAAGCACCGUUGACGCCAUUUUCCUCGGGGUUUUCUGUCAAAAAAUAUAUACAUAUAUUCUGGCACCGUUUGACAGCUCCCCGGGAGGCUGUCAUCCCAUCCGUCGCUUGUGUAAAAUGUUUCUAAAUGGAUUGUAAAUGAUCUUGAUAAAAUAUUUACACGUUAGAGCCGAGUGUGUGACAACAUUAGACAUGGACUGUCCCUGGCUUCGCUGUGUUCCUGUGGGACAAUCAACCCAACCCCAGUAGCUGAUUGACAACAACCCGACCAGCCCGACAGACUACUGUUCUUGAUCUUCCUAUUGGCUGGCUGCCACAGCUUCCCCGAUCCUGACUGGCUCUGGCGGGAGCGUGGAUGGAGCCAAGGGAUCUGGUUGGCUCGGCCCGACCCAAAGAGGCGGAGAUACAGGGAGGCAGGGUGGGGCCAAAUGAAGAGGACCAAGUAGGAGCAGGGGGCAUCGGUUUGGCGCGCAGCGAUGAUGUGAUUAAUGGCGGCAUCAGCGAAGGGGAGGGGCUAGAGGAGCAGGGGGAGGGGCUUCUGGAGGAACAGGAGUUCUCCAUCAAGGAAGCGAGUUUCCAGGAAGGAAGUCUAAAGCUGAAGAUUCAGACCACCAAGCGAACCAAGAAGCCCCCCAAGAACCUCGAGAACUACAUUUGCCCACCGGAGAUCAGGAUGACCAUCAGACCUCCAGUUGGAGAGGGCAAAGGGGGGCGGCAGGGACGGACAGGAGGUGGGGCAGGGCGAGGCCAGAAAGAUGAAGAACGAGGACCCCCCAGAAAAAGGACAUAUGAGCGUCAGUUCAGAAUGCCUGAGCAGAGAGAGGGAGGCCUGCUGCAACUACUGGGAGAUCACACUCCGCCCAAACACCAGCUUCGCAGCUCCCUCCUUCCUGCACACACACUUGCACACACACAGCAAACACAGCACACCCUCACGCAACAAUUCCAGCAUGCACACCAACACCAAAUCAAUCCGGACUGGAUCACGUCUACAGCACCUUCAGCAUCCCCGGCCAAUCCUGCAGAUUCGGAGCCAGCCAGAGAACUGGCAGGAGCCAGCAGGAGCUCUUUGCUCGAUCCAACCCAACCGUUCUCACGCACAGCGACACGAAGCCCCUCGCCUCAGAGAUCUCUGACUCCAGACCUGCAGCUGCCAGUGGUUACAGAUGCCAGUAUUCUCAACUUGACCUCUCUCAGCAGGGGGAGGGGGUUGCAAGAGGUCAGUGAGCAGCUCUUUGGGAACAUCAAGAGGAAGUACGGCAGGAAGGACUCCCAGAGGAUGCUCUGUAAUCCCCACAGUGCUGAAACACCUUGGGGAAGACAGCCAGAGAAAGAAUCGGAGAGCCCAACUAAUUCAGAGGAGAGGCAGAAGUACAGGCACGAGGAGACGGCUGAGCGGUUUCAUGAAGAAAGAGAGGAAAGGAGGAAAGAGGACAGAGAGCGAGCGACUGCUGGGAGGAGGGGAGAUGAAGAAGACAGAGGGAUGCCCAUGCUGACAGAGGAAGGGAAAGGAAGAAAGAGGAGGAGGAGGCCUUCUUUCGACGAGUCACUUUCUGUAGAGGAGCAAUUACAGCAGCGGCAGGACUCUGACGCUACAGAGAAGCACCAGCCUGGGCCCCCAGAACCCAAAGUAUCACAUAAGAUGGAGACUCACAAAAAUGAUUCUCGGCUCACGAGUCAGGCAGAUGUCAGCAGAGAGAGGAUAGAGAAAGCAGAGAGAGCAGAUAAAGGUGAUAAAAGGGAAAAGGGAGAGAGGGCAGAGAGAGGAGAGAUAGUUACAAGUGGAACUGACCCAGAGUCAACUUUGGGUGCAAACAGAAUGAAAAAGAACCCAGUGGGUCGUCCGAAAGUCAGCACAGACACCCUUAAACACAGAGAGCCUCCUCACAAUCACAUCAACAAAGCCAAUCUUCACACACACCCCAGACUCCCAAGCCCAAACCCCAGCCCCAGCCCCAGGGGCAGCAUCAGCCCCAGCCCCAGCCCUAAACCCAGGGCUAACAUGAGCCCCAGUCUCAGCCCCAGGCCCAGGGCGGCCCUGAGUCCGAGCCCCAGCCACAGCACCAGCUCCACAGCCAGCUCCAGACCAACUAAGGCCAAGGACAGAUGGUCCUACCUGAAAGCUAAAAGCCAUGCCAGCCUCACGUCACCACAGAGAGACAACCGGGGUAGCCCCUCGACCUUAGCUGACCCACCAUCAGCCUUCCCCAUCACCCCCUCCAGCCCCCUCUACACCAACACCGACAGCCUGACUGUCCACACACCCAUUAAGAGGAAACGAGGACGCCCCAAGAAACAGCCUCUCCUCACAGUGGAGACCAUCCAUGAGGGCACCUCCACCUCACCUCCAAGCCCGCUGGCACAGGAAACCUCUGUGGGGCUAAACCGUCGAAAGAAGACACACACACUCAACACAUUAGUCCAAAUGGGCUCCCCCACCACCAGCGCAAAUUCUAAUAGUCUGAAACUAAAGCGUGGCAGGGGCCCCUCCAGGCCAGUUAAUAAGAUGAAGCUUGGUAAAAUGCAAAGCAUCCUGAAUGAGAUCCUUUCAGGUUCCAAUCAGAACACGGCUCUGGCUCUGAAGUCACCUUCUGCCCCUGUUAGCUCGGCUAUGAGCGCCAUGGCGUCCACCAUCGAGGCUCGGCUGGGAAAACAAAUUAAUGUCAGCAAGAGAGGAACCAUCUACAUUGGUAAAAAGAGAGGGCGGAAACCCAGAGCAGAAGCCCAAGGCUCUAACCCUCCUAAAACCACUAGGGACAAGCCCCCUCUGUCUGUCUCCACGUCCAGUCUCUAUGAGAGCCCUGUAGUGCCUUCUGCCACCUUGUCUCCCAGCUCCAGUGCUCCAUCCAUAAGAACCAGCCACUCUGAUGCUGCUAUGCCCAGUUUGCAGCCCAUCUCAGCCCUGCCCUCCAAGCCACCGGGCAGGAGCUUCCUGUCUGGUGGAUGGAAACUGUCUCCUCCACGCCUUCUGGCCAAUUCACCUUCGCACCUGUCAGAGGGGGCGUCAGUGAAGGAGGUGACGCUGUCUCCCAUCAGCGAGUCCCACAGUGAGGAGACUAUUCCAAGUGACAGCGGGAUUGGGACGGAUAACAACAGCACCUCAGAUCAAACUGAGAAGGGCCCCGCUUCUAGACGCAGGUACUCAUUUGAUCUGUGUGGGUUUGAGGCUGCAGAGGCAGCAGCCCUGGAAGCAUCCAACAGGAGCAGCAGAGCACGCUGUGAACGGCAAGCAACCACUGUUGACAACUUCCUGUCGCAGCAGGAAAAGAAGCAGAAACAUCAUCGACGGAAGAGGAAGUGCCUACAGAGCCGGGAUCAUCUUCACUUUCUCUCUGAAUUGGAGGAGGUUGUGUUAAAGCUCCAGCAGCUACGAGUGUCUCACAGGCGAUACACCUGCUACCCCCAGCAACCCUAUCCCUCCAUUUUCCGCCUCAACUUCCAUCAUUACUACCCUGUUACCUACGACUCCUACCCCUGUGACUCCAGCUCAUACCUCCGCAGGAGUGCGGAUCUAAAGGCUAAGAGGAGACGCGGCCGUCCAGCCAAAACCAGCGAGCCAAUCACAUCGAAGCUGCCUUUUGUUCAAGGAUAUGGUUAUCCGCUGGCAGGGGGAAAUUACUAUGCAGCACCGUAUGCGAUGCCUUACGCACCUCCUCUGAGUCUCGGCUACUUUCCCCCUGCUCCCCCAUUUUAUCUACCCCACCACUCACUUGGACCUGCACCUCCAUCUCCCUUCAUGAGGCCCGCUGUCCCCCCUCCCAAGGCUUUCCACUCAAGUGGACAUUCAAAGCUCCAGCCAGGGGCCAAGCUCCGCAGCACCAGUGGGCCACUCCAGGGGCCCUCUGUAAGAGGAGAGGGCCUGGGAUCCCUGGGCAGUGGCAGUGCAGGGGGUCUCGCAGGGGUUCGCCUCCAUAAGAGGAAGCACAAGCACAAACACAAGCACAAGGACGAACCCCUCCUUUCACUGCGAGACCGGCAGGAGUUGGGUGGGCUCUUCAGCGGAGCUAAGACCAACGCUCGUCUCAGCAUGCUGAGCGACAGGAGGGACUUGGCCAGUCAGGGCUCUUCAAAGCAUUUGGAGAAGCAGAGGGGCAGCAGUAGAGGCUCAGGCCUGGGAUCCAGCUUAGGGAUGUUUGAGUCGGACCAGCUGUCCACACACUCUCUCGCUGACAGCCAGUUCCACUCCCGUCAGACUCGACAGCCAAUAAACAGCUUCAUGAGCAGCUACAGUAGCCAAUCGCAGCGGUCAGAGUCCGCUUCUGACCUCUUUCUAGGGUCACGUGAGGACGAGUGUGGAGGAAGGAGCAGGAAGACGAGGCUCACUGUGUUUGGAGAUCAGGGCUUAAUGUCAUUCCAAACUGCCCGGCAGGAGCCAGGACAGAUGAACAACUGCUCCAGUCCCUCCCUCACUGAUGUUCCCAGUAAGCGGAGGUAUAAGCGACGGGAGGUGGAGCAGAUCCAGAAGGACGUGAGGAGAAUGCAUUCUUUGAACUUUGAGCAUGUGCAGAAGAUCCUCCGUGCCAAGCGCCUGCAGCGACAAGCCAAAACAGGAAACAAUGUCAUCAAAAGACGGCCUGGGCGGCCCCGAAAACAACCCGUGGAGAAAUCGGAGUCGAAUAAUGAGAGGGAGGAAGAUCGGGCUGAUGGUCGGGGUUUGGACAUGUUGGCCGGUCGGAGAAGCGAUGGCAGGACUCUGGGGAUGCCCGUCCUGGAGAGGUGUGACGACCUGCCAGGUAGGCAGAGCCUCAGGCCAAGCUUGACCCCCGAGCCUCUGGAGUUCUCAAAUCACGAUUCCAUCUCAGCAACGAUUGAGACCGUGGUGCAUCAAGCGCGAUCUGUGCCUCCGAUGGCCAAAGGUGGGAAACGCAGAGGCAGGGCCCACAGCAGGGACGAGUUAUGGGCUCCCUCCAGUCAAUAGACCUGCAGGAGGGAGCAACUCCUGAACGGAGAGCAGUUAUCGGAGUCAGUGCUGCUUCAGAUGCAGCGUCCUUAAUUGUUGGACUCCUUUGGUGCACUUUGACUUGUUAAUGAUUGGCGAGGACUACAGAGGGUCAGUGGAGGAGCAGGAGGAGGGAACACUUUCGGUACCACCCCUCUGCUUGCUACAAGACAUGAGCCUUUCGAGGAUUCAUUGGACCUUCAUUUACAAUGGCACUAUAUGGUACUAUUUGAUACUGACUCUGAUGCUAUAAAAGUGUGUGGUACUUAUGAUAGUGUAGGAUAUUAUGUGAUUCUUUAUGUAUCUGAUACAGUGAUGUGUAUGGUACUUUAUGAUACUGUAUCUGAAUGUGGCUUUAGCCAUAUAUUUACCAGCAAGGGGAGGGGGAAUGGUUAAUAUUAAACUGUGCAGCUCUGCUUAUUUUUGCCUUUCUGAGGAAGCUUGUCAAAGACGUGGGAUAAACAGCAGUAAUUAAACCACCUUACCCUUUUACUUAUCCCUGUGUUUUGCUCCCACCCUCGUCUGUACCUUCCUUGUUUUCUUUCCGAGGAGUAACUGAUACUUGCUGGCAGCUCCUCACCCCUGGUCCCGCUCCCCACUCACCCCAGUUCUUUAACCCUCCCUGGUGCCUGCCGCUCAGCCCCAUCUCGCUUUGUCCUCUCAUCUACUCCCAGUCAUGUUUUACAUCUCCCAUUGCUUGAUCUCCCUCAACCCACCCCCGCCCCCGUCUCAUCUAUUUCUCGCUCCCUGCUCAGGCCCGACCUGAGCAGGGACAUAAAGGCAAUAUAGUGGAUGAGACUGUCCCAGACUGUACAUAGAAACAAAGUCCACUGUUGCCUGCCUUGUACAAUGAGAAACCAGCUCAUAGACGCGUACUGGCAUACAGUAUAUCAAAUUGUUGUACCAUAGACAAUGAAAGUUGUGUAUUGUUUUAUAACCAAAAACAGACAUGGGUGCGACUCAAGACAAGUUUGUUUUCAGACCGAAAGAACCACAUAUAUUCAUUCAUACACUCAUUGUUGUGUUUAUAUCCGGGGGCAUUGCAUACAGGAGGAAUAUCAGGUGUGUUUUUGGUAAACCUUAAAACUGGUUUAUUGCACUAUGGGAAAAAAACAUACACUUGCAUCAAUCAAAUGCAGCACUUACAUGCUUGUUCCAGCCUUAUGUUUUGGCCUUCGAUGGUUUGGAUAUCCAUUCCAGAGAGCAUGCAUUAUUUUAAUCAAUUUGUAUAUGCAGGCUGCGCAGCCAAAAGCGUUGAACCGAAGCCCGAGUCUGAAUCGUGAUUGGACAGUUCAGCUGAAGAGGGCUCACAGUCAGUGUUUUGAAAAGUUAAUCCCAGUCUUUCUACUUAACAUGAUUUUAAUCCAUAUCCUU